GCAAAUGUGUUAUUUACGCCACAUGUCAGGAGAGAGAGAGGAAGGCCCCUCGUUAUCUCCAGACAAGGAGAAGGAGACCGCGGGACAGCGCCACAGUCCAGCGGCCCCCGUUCCGCCGCUUCUCCGCUCCACACGAGUCCGGCCGCACAAGGAGCAAAACAACGGCCGAGAAGAAAAGGGCGCCGUCGCGUUUGAGCUUUUCAGGCAAAAGCCGUGCGUGGGCGCUUUUUCGCUAAUGCCUCGCUAACUUCCAGAGACACUUGUGGGACUUCACUCGUUUGAUUAGCCCCCCUUCUGGUGCACUUUGGACCAGGAGGCGGCCGCAAAAAUGUGGGGGGGGGGGAGUGGGGGGGGGCAAUGCUGUAAGUGCUCGUCUGCUCGAGUACAGAAAAGAAACGUGAAGCGCAAGAAGAAAGCAGGGAGGGGGUGGCUACGGAGGACAAUGCGGCGUUUUUGUCUUCUUUUGCGAGCCGAGACCGUCGCAUAAAUCAGUGGAAGAUGUCGGCCUACGUCGGGGACAACAUCAUCACGGCCGUGGCCAUGUACCAGGGACUGUGGAUGUCUUGCGCCUUCCAGAGCACGGGACAGCUCCAGUGCAAGAUCUACGAUUCCAUCCUGCAGCUUGACAGUUCUCUUCAGGCCACCCGGGCACUGAUGAUCGUGGGCAUCAUCGUGUCGGUGGCGGGCCUGGGCGUGGCCUGCGUGGGCAUGAAGUGCACCACCUGCGGGGGGGACGACAAGCUCCGCAAGGCCCGCGUGGCCAUGACGGGCGGCAUCAUCCUGCUGGUGGGAGGGCUGUGCGCCAUCGUGGCCUGCUCCUGGUUCGCGCACAACGUCAUCCGGGCCUUCUACAACCCCUACACGCCCGUCAACACCAAGUUCGAGUUCGGCGCCGCCAUCUUCAUCGCGUGGGGCGGCUCCCUCCUGGACGUCUUGGGCGGAGCCGCGUUGGCCGCCUCUUGUCCGCGGAAGAAGCGGGCGUCCAAGUACCCGUCGGCGGCUCCUUCCCGCUCCGGGCCUGCAAGCGGCAACAAGGAAUAUGUCUGAAUGUCUGUCACGUUUCGCAAAAACAAACAAAAACAAAAACAAAAAAAAAAAUGGGACUUUUUGUUGUUUGUGCAUUUCAUGACUGCUUGUCGUCGCGCUUGCGUAAUUAUGAGCGGGGCGGACGCUCGUUUGACCUGCCGCCCUUUCCGUCGUCACUCAGAUGCCUUUCAAACUAUUUAUUUGGCCAAUCAUAGGAUGACUUUUACACGUCCAACUUUCUAGGUCAUAUUUCGCACAACCAUUUUUUUCCCCUCUUUUGUUAUAUUUAAAAUACAAAUCGUAGCGGAUCAUACGCAGAAAUAAAGGCAUUGUUACAUUUUAUGCAACACGGCGGUCCACCCCCCCCCCCCAAACGAGGUCACGUGAACAGGAGCGGCCUCUCCGUGGGUCACAUGAUGCCGCGUUCAAAAGAAUGUUGCCAUUUUUUUUCCACACAUUUUCCUCUGCAAAGAUACUUUUUAUUUCUCCGCUUGCACAUGGAAAGGUUGACCACUUUCAUGCACAUCAAAUAGCCAAAAUACAUGAAAUAUUACAAGCCCUUCAAAAUUGGAAAAAAAAAAAAAAAAAAGUCACAUUAUACCAGCAUCAGCACCUCAGGACAGUAAUCAUCAUCAUCAUCAUCAUCAUAAUAAUAAUAAUAUGAAUAGUCAUUCAAAUCAGUUGGUGCUGCUUGUCAAGAUGCUCUUUGAGGAACAUGCCAAAGAAUUUUCAAAACCUUCAACUCCACUCGGCACGCAGGCGACAGCAUUGGGGAGGACGCGCCGCGGCUUCCGCGCGUCGAACCGUCCCGAAAAACUUCGCCCGUGACAAACUAGCGACCGGGGUGCCCAUGCAGUUUUUCUUCACAUUUUACAAACAAAAUGUCAUCAAUGAGAUUUGGUCAAUAAGCACACGACCGGUGUCGACGGUAGGGGGGGGU